UAGACAACGGGUUCUGGAGAAUCGGCUGCAGAUUAGGAACGACAAAGAAUUUGUGUACGGAGAUCUCAACAACAGUACGUCAAUUUUGCUGCCUCUUACAGAUAUCAAAGGAGUGAACAGAUAUUUCCUUUGUAACACCGGUAUAUCUGUCGUUGAAGAAGUAUCUCAUCUCAGCUGGAAUUGUGCUUUGUGUUUUCUGUUGCAACUCAGUGAAAUCCACUGGAACCAGGGUACUGAGAACCCACUAGCAUUUGUUCACUAGAAAUCAGUUCAUCCAUUGCAUUGACUGUAUGAGGGGUUCACUACAUAUAGCAUCUGACUUCAUUAAUUAUCAGAGAACUCACAACAGAGAGAUAUCAUUCACCUGCUCUCAGUGAGGGAAAGGAUUCUCUCACUCAGACGACCCUCAGACACCACAGUGAAGCCAUUUACCUGCUCAGACUGUGGGAAGGGAUUCAACCAGUCAUCUGACCUACUGGUACACCAAUCAGUUCACCUUGGGGAGAUGUCGUUCACUUGCUCGGACUGUGGGAAGGGAUUCACUCGGUCAUCCAGCUUGCAGAGACACCAGUCAGUUCACACUGGGGAAAGGCCGUUCACAUGUUCUGUAUGUGGAAAGGGAUUCACUCGUUCAUCCCACCUACAGGCACACCAGUCAAUUCACACCGGGGAGAAACCAUUCACCUGUUCUUACUGUGGGAAGGGUUUCACUGGAUCAACUGACCUACUGGCACAUCAGUCAGUUCACACUGGGGAGAAGCCGUUCUCAUGCUCUGACUGUGGGAAGGGAUUCUCUCGGUCUUUCAGCCUCCAGAGACACCAGCGAGUUCACACUGGAGAGAGACCAUUCACGUGUUCCAUGUGUGGGAAGGGAUUUACUCGGUCAGGCAGCCUGCAGACACACCUGCGAUUUCACACUGGGGAGUGGCCAUUCACAUGCUCUGACUGUGGGAAGAGAUUCACUCGGUCGUCUGACCUGCUAGCACAUCAGUUAGUUCACACUGGAAAGAUGUUGUUCUCCUGUUCAGACUGUGGGAAGGGAUUCACUCGGUCAUUCAGCCUACAGAGACACCAGUCAGUUCACACUGGGGAGAAGCCAUUCACUUGUUCCGUUUGUGGGAAGGGAUUCGCUCGGUCAUCUCACCUACAGACACACCAGUCGGUUCACACCGGGGGGAAACUGUUUACCCGCUCAGACUGUGGGAAGGGUUUCACUGGAUCAACUGACCUACUGACACAUCAGCAAGUUCACACUGGGGAAACAGUUUAAAUAAGCUGCAUGCUGGAUAUUUAACCAUCACAUUUGCUGAAUCCUGCAGCAAGUUCAAAAGUAACUGUUGGUAUUGAACUCUGCAAUUAUUGUUGCUGUUCAUCACACUCUGGUCACUGGGCAUGGGAGGAAUUUCUUGUGAUGAUGUUCACCUUUAAUAGGACUAGAGUUUAAUAUUAUGGAUCUGUGACUAAUAAAUCAGUUCUAUUUUAAACUCUGUAUCAGGUGCCUAGUGAACCUAUAACACACCCAGUGUACAGUAGGGAGCCAACUGAGCCUAGCUGGUCUUUGUCAGAAUUUCUGUUCCACAAGAGUUCUCUUAAACCCAUCCCUGCCAUUCACCUCUGGCUCUCCUGUGGAGAUGGGUUCCAAACAGUCACCACUCUGUGGGUGAAGAAUUUUCCCUUGAAUUUCCUGCAUGACUUUCCGCAGACUGGAGAAGACAAGUUGACUGCAGUUAUUUAUGUCUGUCAUGUUCUUCAUCCCGGGUCCUAUGUCCUGCUCAUUUCAACAUUAUGGGUCAUUUUUACUACUUCUGAAGAGCUGAACAGGGAAACACAGCAGGGGGGUGUGCAAGUGAAUGUCG